AUGACACGGAGCCCCAGUGACGGGUUUGAAACGUCGACCGGGACACUCUAUGUCUCCAAACCCUACAGAUCCAGGUCUUCAAAGAAGCUUCGCGCUCUCAUUACAUUCACUCCUAGGCAUUCUGCAUUCGAUAUCAACAACGAGACCUCGCAUUCCAAUGAAUUUAGGGGUUUCUUCUCGCUAUUCUGGAUAUCUAUCUUUAUAUUUACAGUGCAAACAUAUGUCAGGAGCAUAGAGACCAGCGGAAAGCCUUUGGACCUCAAUUUUGCGGCCAUGUUCUCGCAGGACGCCAUCACGCUGGCCCUGAGCGACUUGGUGUUGGUCCUGUGCACCGGGAUUUGCGUGCCCUUUGCCAUCGCCCUCAAGAAUGAGUGGAUUCAAUACUACUGGACAGGCGUUAUCAUCCAGCACCUUAUCCAGUCGUCAGUGUUGGCCGCAGCCGUCACAUGGACAUUCAACCGCAACUGGCCCUGGGUCCAAUCGGGAUACCUCACUCUCCAUGCCUUAGUUAUGGUGAUGAAGAUGCACUCGUACAUGAACAUCAACGGGCAUCUCCAAUCCGUCCACCAACACUCCCGAGAGGUGUAUAGGCAACUCAAAAAACUUGUCGCCGCCGAGUACCGGGGAGAAUGCUCCACCGAAGACGCUGCCUGGGACAAGGCCCUCGAAGUUGCACAUGCGGCUCGCAUAGAGAAGGAACGCAAAGACGAGCAGUCGCUCUCCGAAACCGAUUCUGGCCCCAGUGGACGGCAAACCCCCGUCUUGGUUGGUACGCCUCCACCCCCGCCUCACAUCAACGGAGAGGGCUCUGUAUCGUCCUUCGUGGAUGCUGGAACAGCUUCGGCACUCCGGAAACGCUUGGCUGCUGUCACCAAGUCUCCCAGCAACAACAAUGACAAAAGCCAAGGUGGGCACCCACUUCGACAGGUCUUCUCGGAGGAGGUGGCCAGUGGAGGUGCAACGCCUACAAGUGCAGCAUCUUCGGAAAAGUCAACAACCUUUGUAGUUUCAACCAGCCGCCCUCCGGAACCUCAUCCUCUCAUUCAUCAUCCUAACCCGGAGAUUGCUGUAUUGGCUGAAGAAUACUCGGAUUUGCUGGGAGAUCUGACAAGUAGAGGGCCAAAGGAUUAUACAGUCUGGCCGGCUAACAUUGGUUGGAAGGACUUUGCAGUCUACCAAUGUAUCCCUACCCUUGUGUAUGAGCUUGAGUAUCCCAGAACAGAGAAAAUCAGGCCGUUCUAUGUUUUCGAGAAGACGGUCGCCACUUUUGGAACCUUCGCACUGCUCUACACAGUAACCGACCGUUUCAUCCUUCCCUAUACCCCCACCGGGGAGCAAUCUUUCCUACGUUCCUUACUCGACCUCGCCCUCCCUUUCAUGAUCGCAUAUCUACUUCUAUUUUACAUCAUCUUUGAAUGUAUCUGCAAUGGCUUUGCAGAGUUAUCCUACUUUGCCGAUCGUCAGUUCUACGAAGACUGGUGGAACUCGACGUCCUGGGACGAGUUUUCUCGCAAAUGGAACAAACCAGUACACACCUUCCUCCUUCGACACGUCUACGCAGCCACUAUCCUCAGCGAAUACAGGAUGUCCAAGACUGCUGCGAUGUUCAUCACAUUCUUGUUCAGCGCUGCUGCACAUGAAUUGGUUAUGGCGGUUGUUACUCGCAAGAUUAGGAUGUACCUGUUUGUGCUCCAGUUGAUUCAGAUCCCUUUGAUUUUGAUCAGUCGGAUACCUGCUAUCAAGCAGAAUAAACUCAUGGGUAACAUCGUCUUUUGGUUAGGACUUUAUGCCGGAUUCCCGCUGCUCUGUGUCGCAUACGUUGCUCACUAG